AUGGCGUCAAUAGCUUAUUUUCUUGUCACCAUUGCCACCUUGUUAUUUGUAACCACUACUCCGCCUGUUUCGAGCUUUUCUGGGACCAGUCCAUUUUGCGUUCCGCCGGGGGAAGACGGUCUCUUCAACUUGGCCUGCAGCGGCGACAGGGACCUGCCCGACGUCGGGCAGCAGGCGGUGCUGAACUUCAUCGGCAACAACACGUUCCGGAAGAUCAACGCCGAUCUCUGCGCAGACGUCACCGUCUCGGGAACGACGUACUACGUCUUCGGGGGCUGCAACAAUGACUUCACCACCGAGGCGUGCAAGAACUGUGUGCCGGCGGCGCGCAGCGUCAUCAUAGACCACUGCCCGAACGGCGUCGGGGCGCAGGCCGCCGCCACGAACUGUUGCGUUCGGUACGAGACGUACAAGUUCUGUGAAGACUCGUAA